CUGUUGGGAGAAAACGAAAUCCAAUUCGGUGGUUGUUGAUGUGUGUAAUUAAAGAGAAUCGAAUGGAAAUAAAUAUAAUUUCGCUCUCUAAAAAGCAGAUAGAACAGAAAAUAAUCCGAGCGUUGUAACGCAAAAAAACGAUUCGGAGAAAGUACAAAGCGCGUUUUUUUGCUCUUCUUUUUUACUCCAUUAAACUGUUAUAAAAGGCUUUUGUUCGACAUAACGUUAUUAUUAACUACUAUUCGUUCCUAGUCUCUUAGAAGUUAAAAAAUUCAACAUGAAAUCGUUCUUCGUCAUUUUCUGUGCUGUCUUAACGAUCUCCAGCGUGUUUUCCUACCCGACGGCGCCCGUGGAGGAUCAAGUACAAAACCCUAGCUAUAGAACGCAAAGACAAGUUGCAGGAAAUCACCACGAGGUCGUGGAUUUCGGAGCCCAUACGGGCGAUCACGGGGCCUUCGGGUGGUACGCAGAUUUCCCCGUCCACGCUUACUAAACUUUAAGCCGAUAAAACUUGUUAUAUUUUUUUUGU